GGAAUUAUUUUAUUUUAUUUUAAUUUACUAUAAGCUCUGAUAAUAUCAUAGGAAGUAUCGGACAAAAAACGCUCAAAUUGAGCGAACACUUUCUUUUAAUGAAAUUGUCAUCGCGGACUACGAAAAAUUUCACGUAAAAAUUUACUUCUAAAAUAGAUUAUAAUUCAUAAAAUAUAUGUUUUCGGCGGCUGUGGAUCUAUACGACGUGCCUCCGGCAUGGUGGGAAACAGACUGCGUGAAAUACGGACUCAGUUACACACCCGUGAGAUCGCGAUUAACGUUGCUGAUGGGAAGUAAUGUAGUGCGAUUGACGGAUCGCAAAUACAUGAUGCUGCUCGCGUCGAGACUGCAGGAGGAUUACGAGGCGCAGCAAAAGGCUCGCAUCGAACGAAAGAAAUUGAAGGCUGUCUCGAUCGUACCGCAAUUGAAUGAAUUAUUGCCCAGGUCGUUUCUGAAGACUACUCGGCGACGACGUGAAUGCGAGCCAAAAUUUCACGCGUUUGCAGCUCAAAUGUGUAAACAACUUCCACAAAUGUUACUCGCGAAUGAUUCAGAGCCUCAUUUUAAAUUCUAAAUUAUAAUUUGUAUAAUAACAUUCACAUUUAUUUUGGCCGUUUCGACGAGUAAAUCUAAAUGUAAGAAGAAAAAUACAGAGUCAAGGAACGUUAAUUCAAAAUGUUUGAUAUGCGCAUAAUAAAUAACAAGCUUCAAGCAUGUUCU